AUGUAUUGGUGUUCGCAUUUCUACGACGCUUUAAAAUAUGCAAUCGAAGGCAAACGUGGAUAUUUGGAAGGAUUAGCUGCACACUACAGCAAACAAAUAAAUAUGCCAUAUGAAGAUGUGCUGGAUUCAAUAGAGGAAGUUCGGGUAUCGAAAUGGAAGGAACGUCAUAUGCGCAUUUCAACCGGACAUACGUUAAGCAGACGAAGUGGUGGUGGUGGAGGUGGUGGUGGUGGUGUUGGUGGCAGUGUUGGAGUUGGAGUUGGUUUGAGUGGAGGUGUUGGCAUUAUUGGCGGAAAUAUUGUAAAUCAAUCAAUUUUACCAACCAGUCAUAGUCAACCGCUGUAUGUGCCUGGAAAAUAUUUGCCUUCGAGUUGCCUUUCGAAUCGUGAAGAAAAUGAAAUCUACAGCUACACCCAAAAUGAUUUGGCAACACGCAUGGCUAGAACGGGUAUUGAUUCGAAAUCGGCUGUAAAUCUAAAUGGCAUGCAACAUAGCUAUCCAGGCGCCAGAACGAAUUUCUUUUAUGAUUUUUCCGCAACAGAGGGUCGCAAUAAAAAUAAGAGACGCACGGUAUUUGCACGUUUCCUGAAUGGUCUGCGUCAGAAUGGUGAUGAAUUCGGUCCAACGGAAGGAAUGCAAUUAAAAACCUCUGAAAAAUUGAAGAGUUGUGGUACAAUGAAACGCGUGGAGCCGCAUCAAAAUUUUGAAGAGACAAUACAACGCUUGAAAACACAGAAGGCAGCACGUAAAAAAGCAGUCACACAUGAUAAAGGCAUACAUGAUCGCAACAAGGAUGUUUCACACACGAUGGUUGCCGAAAUGCCGCUGAACAAUUACACAAAGCAUCCUUAGGAGUUAACCAAUAUAAAGGACAAUCCAAAUGGCGAAGAUGAAAAUGAAAAAUAUAAAGCAGAAGAAAAACUUUCCACUCAAACUGACACAGAAGAGUUCCAACAGCAAAAAUUACUGCAAUUGGAACAAAAAACUGAGGCAAUUCAAGUUAAUGCAGAACAACAAAACAUGGAACAAGCAUCAAAACUAUAAUUUUAACAAACAAAACAAAAAAAACAAUUACACAAAUGCAAUAAACAAAAUAUAUAUUAAUAAUAUAUAAAAGAUGAAAGAUUAUGUA